AUGGAGACGGCUAUGUGUGUUUGUUCCCCAUGCUGCACCUGGCAGAGAUGCUGCCCCCGGCUGUUCUCCUGUCUAUGCUGCAAGUUCAUCUUCACCUCGGAGCGGAACUGCACCUGCUUCCCCUGCCCCUACAAGGAUGAGAAGAACUGCCAAUUCUGCCAUUGCACCUGCGCGGAGAACCCCAAUUGCCACUGGUGCUGCUGCUCCUGGGCCAAUGACCCCAACUGUAAGUGCUGCUGCACAACCAACACCAAUAUGAAAUGCUACUACUAUGAGAGCCGCUGCUGCCGCAAUGCCACCGUCACGUUCAGGAGGGGCCUCCUUCGGACCAUCCGCAUCUCCUCAAAGACCGCCCUCCGCAUAGGGAGCAGCGACACUCAGCUAGAGGAGCCGAAGUCCAUGGCUGCCAGCAGCCACCUAGUUAACCACCUCACCUGCCCCAUGUGCAACCGGCUGCGCCUGCACUCCUUCAUGCUGCCGUGCAACCACAGCCUGUGCGAGAAGUGUCUGCGGCAGCUGCAAAAGCAUGCCGAGGUCACUGAGAAUUUCUUCAUCCUCAUCUGCCCCAUGUGCAACCGCUCGCACUGCAUGCCCUACAGCCACCAGAUGCACCUGCCCGAAAACUACCUGCGCGGACGCCUCACCAAACGCUACAUGCAGCAGCAUGGCUACCUCAAGUGGCGCUUCGACCGAUCCUCAGGGCCCAUCCUCUGCCAGGUGUGCCGCAGCCGGCGCAUUGCCUACAAGCGCUGCGUCACCUGCCGCCUCAACCUGUGCAACGACUGUCUCAAAGCCUUCCACUCCGAUGUAGCCAUGCAGGACCACGUCUUCGUCGACACCAGCGCGGAGGAUCAGGACGAGAAGAUUUGCAUCCACCACCCAUCCAGCCGCAUCAGCGAGUAUUGCCGCAGUGACAACCAGCUCCUCUGCACCUUCUGCAAAGUCGCUUUCCACAACGGCCACGACACGGUCAGCCUCAUAGACGCCUGUUCCGAGAGGUCUGCAGCCCUCUUCAGUGCCAUCGCCAAGUUCAAAGCAGUUCAGUCGAUACGGAAAUGCGAGUAACGACUGAUGGAAUUCAACAUCUUAAAAAGCAGCUUUAAGGCGGACAAAGAGGCAAAGCGGAAGGAGAUCCGUAACGGGUUUCUCAAACUGCGAGCCAUUCUCCAGGAGAAAGAGAAGAUCAUCAUGGAGCAGAUAGAGAAUCUAGAAGUGUCCAGGCAGAAGGAGAUUGAGAAAUACGUCUACAUCACAAAUAUGAAAGUCAACGAAAUGGAUGGCCUGAUCGCCUACUCCAAAGAAGCGCUGAAGGAAACGGGCCAGGUGGCGUUCCUGCAGUCCGCCAAGAUUCUGGUGGACCAUCGGGAGGGGCAUCCAAACCAACCAAACUUCAAAACAUGGCCCGACCCCCAGCUGCGGCUGCACUCCCUUCACCUGCGCUGCCGCCUCACUGAGCGUCGCUGA